AUGGCAGUUGCACCUAACAUAACGCUUAUGACAAACAUAACGGGCCCAUUCAACCAAUUCAACGAGGCAGAAGAGGAAUGGGAAAAUUAUAUCGAAAGAUUUGAAUUGUUCGUGACGGCAAAUAAUAUUAAGACCGACAAUAAAGUGAGCACCCUUCUUGCCUGCGUUGGGCCGAAAAUGUAUAAUCUCUUAAAAACACUAUCUUCACCUGAGACACUAGUAUCUAAAUCGUACGAGGCGAUCGUGAAAUUAAUCAGAGAACAUUUAAACCCUGCACCAUAUUUCCUAUCAGAACAAAUGAAGUUUUCUAAACGGGACCAACAAGUAGGCGAAAGCAUUGCAGAAUAUGUUGUGGACUUGCGAAAGCUUGCAACACAUUGCAAAUUCGGUACCAACUUAAAUGAACAGUUACGAGACCGUUUUGUAAGUGGCAUUCGUAAUCCAGAUGCUAAACGAAAGUUCAGAGCGGAGAAAGAAGAAGAGCUUACAUUCAGUAAAGUCAUCGAAAUUGCAACGGGCAUAGAGCUUAUGGAAAGAGAUGCUAUGCGUAAUACGUCAUCAACAUCAGCAACAGUUAAUUUUAUGAAACAAGACAACAUGAAAAGGCGAGGAGCAGGACAGCAGCAACAUCGACAGAGACAGCAGCAACAUACAGGAAGUAACUUGCGGCGAAACCAGAACAAUGGCAAAAACUUUGGCAGUGGAGAUCAGCAUACAAACGUUCAAAAUGAGGGCAAGGGAGACAGGUAUAGUGCUUGUAAAUGUUGUGGUAAAAUGAACCAUAUGUAUAAAGAUUGUAAAUUCAAGAAUUAUAAUUGUGUAGUAUGUGGGCGAAAAGGCCAUUUAAAAGCAGUUUGUUAUAAAGAAAAAAGGCAAAAUAAUUUUAUGGAUAUAGCCGAAAAUAAAAAUGAAAAUGUACAGGUCAUUGACAAGUGCAUGAGUCUUUUUACUUGUGAGCCGGUGUUUAGUCACAAAAAUGUAGAUCCGUUUUCAAUUGAAUUAAAAAUCGAUGGCAUUCCGAGAUGUAUCCAAGUGGAUACGGGUGCCGGUGUCUCAGUCAUUUCAGAAAAGGAAUAUCGCGAAAAGUUUUCUCAUCGUACUCUUGAGAAAAGUAAUUUAGUUUCAAUAUCGUAUACGGGAGAAAAAAUCGCUCCAAUUGGAGUGAUUGAGCUGCAGGUAGAAUAUAGAUCGGUGGUGUUUGCAUUAAAGGUGUUUGUUGUUGCAGGUGGAUCUCAAAUGCUGGUAGGUCGUGAGUGGCUUCAGAAACUCAAUAUAUCAUUACAGGAUAAGACAAUAUUUACGUGUAAUGCGAAAGGUAUAGAAGAAAUGAUAGGGAACAGCGAGUCAUUUAAAGGUAAAUUGUAUGAAAAGUUUCCUAGCGUGUUUUGUGACAAGUUAGGGACGCUUAAAGAUAGUCCAGUGAAAAUCCGGGUAGUCGAUGGAACGAAACCAAAAUAUGUUCCAGCACGCUCUCUUCCAAUAGCACUCGAAGAAAAAGUUAACGUGGAGCUAGACCGCCUUCUCAGAGAGAAGAUCUUGGUCAAAGUGGAGACAAAGGGGGGGGGGGGGACUCCAAUAGUUCCCGUGCUAAAAUCAGACGGAACAGUAAGGAUAUGUGGUGAUUAUCGGAUCACCAUAAAUAAGCAUUUGAUUCCCGAAAAUUGUUCAAUUCCCAAAAUCGAUGACCUAAUGAUAGGUAUAAAAACUGGUGGAAGUUUCACAAUUCUCGAUUUGAGUCACGCAUAUCAGCAGAUGGUUUUGGAUAACGAAUCCAAGAACCUGGUCACGAUAACGACGCUUCAAGGUGACAUGACUUACAAUAGGGUCCCAUAUGGCAUAAAAGUAGCUCCAGCCAUUUUUCAGAAUAAAAUCAGUUCGAAGUUGCGACAAGUUAAAAAUGUUAGAGUUUAUUUUGAUGAAGUACUGAUUUUCGGUGAUAAUGUGAAAGAGCAUUAUGAGACUCUCUUGAAAAUUUGUGAAUUGUUCGAUGAAAUGGGAUUGACAGUCAGCAAACAUAAAUAUCAGUUUUUUAAAGAUGUAAUAAGUUUUUGGAUUUCCGUAUUUCCAAGGAAGGAAUUUGUCCUAAUGAAGACAAGGUCAAGGCGAUUAUAG